UGAAAUCCUGAGCUUGCCCAUUUCAGCGUUACCUUGGGAAGAGCCUCCUCCGCGGCGAGAUUAAAAGGACAGGAUGUCUGAUUCAGCCGUUAAUGCUCACUUGGACGGAAUUAUAUCUGACUUUGAAGCGCUGAAGAGGUCGUUUGAGGUGGAGGACGUGGAUGCCACCUCGCCCACCACGCGCCGCAACGCCAACUCCCACCAGCGCGCGGGCAUCUCCCCCAGCAGCCAGAGCUACUACGACCUGGGCAGCCGCGCCAACCACGCCAGCAGCCCGCGGCCCCAGGACGCCCAGCGGCCCAAGGCCCGCACGCCCGAGCCCGUCUCGCGCCGCUCCGAGCUCUCCAUCGACAUCUCGUCCAACCACAAGUCGGUGGACAGCUCCCCGAGCCAGGGCGCGUCGCGCUUCGCCCUCAAGCGGCCCGAGGUGCUGGGCCACAGCAAGACGCCCGAGCUGGCGCAGAAGCACACGGUGACCUUCAGCAAGCCCCUGGAGACCACCGUCGCCUCCGCCCACCCGCCGCGGCCCGCCGUCGCUCACGCCCCGCACGCCAGCGCCAAGCUGCCCGAGACCACCUUCCGGAGGACGGAGCCGCCCAGCCCCGGGGAGGUGACCGGCACGCGCCGGCCGGAGAUCUGCGUCACCAAGGCGCCCGACGUCAAGGCCCAGGAGAACCACCACCACCACCACCCGCACCACCACCACCCCGCCAUCGGCACGCGCUGCGCCUCGCCCAACCACACCGGACGCAAGUCGCCGCAGGACAGCCACAGCCAGAGCGGGCUGGGCAAGUCCACCCUGAUGAACACCCUGUUCAAGUCCAAAGUCAGCCGCAAAUCUGUGCUGACCACAGAGGAGGAGAGGAUCCCAAAGACCAUCGAGAUCAAGUCCAUCAGUCACGACAUUGAAGAAAAGGGCGUGAGGAUGAAACUUACGGUAAUCGACACUCCGGGCUUUGGGGACCAGAUCAACAAUGAGAACUGCUGGCAGCCCAUCAUGAAGUUUAUUAACGACCAGUACGAGCAGUAUCUGCAGGAGGAGAUCAACAUCAACAGGAAGAAGCGCAUCCCCGACUCCAGAGUGCACUGCUGCAUAUACUUCAUCCCACCCACAGGGCACUGCCUAAGACCCAUCGACGUGGAGUUCAUGAGGCACCUCAGCAAAGUGGUCAACAUUGUGCCCGUCAUCGCGAAGGCCGACACGCUGACCCUAGAGGAGCGGGACUACUUCAAACAGAAGAUCAGAGAAGACCUGAGCGCCAACGGGAUUGAUGUCUACCCCCAGAAGGAGUUUGACGAGGACGCGGAGGACAGGGUGAUCAACGAGAAGAUCAGAGAGAUGAUCCCGUUUGCUGUGGUGGGAAGUGACCAGGAGUACCAGGUCAAUGGGAAGAGGCUCCUAGGAAGGAAAACAAAGUGGGGGACCAUAGAAGUUGAGAAUAUUGCGCACUGCGAGUUUGCCUACUUGCGUGAUCUGCUAAUCAGGACCCACAUGCAGAACUUAAAGGACAUCACCAGCAGCAUCCAUUAUGAGAUGUACCGGGUGCGUCGGCUCAACGAGAACAACACACACCCCAACGGUCAAGCCAACGGUCAGCCCAACGGUCAGCCUGCCCUGCAGGCCAAUGGUGUCCCCGGUGCUGAGGUGCUGUCCCACGAGAUGUAGAGACCCGUCCACUCGCCUGUCCGUCUCUCCCAAAAACCCGACGAAGCCCUCCUCUGGCCAACCGUCCACUGUCUUGGCCAAAUCUCCCAACGCGUCCCCUAACAAUGCACUCCAGGGAGGCUGUGGACCCUCCAUGCAAAACAGACAUGUUCUUCCAGAUUAAAAAAACAUCAUGUAAUCAUAUCUUAAGUGUUUCAAUCAGAAGUAUUCUUUUUGGGGCCUCGUUAUCUGUUCCUCGUAUGUGUGCCAUUUCAUUUUCCUCCAAAAGUUAAGAACAAACCCCCUUGGUCCCGUACUUUGUCUUUGUAUAAUAAAUGUGUGUCUCAGUCUCUGGACCUCUGUCUUAUUUCCAUGCGUGUCCAUUAUGGCCAAAGCCCUGAUGGGAGUUUGCAGAUGUGGGAGUGCCAACCACUUCGACAUGUAGUGAUUCCAGUGCCACUGUCCUUGUCUGUCUGUCAUUGCCAAUUUAAUGUUUACAAACACAGAGUGAUUAAGAAGUGAUAUGAUAUCAGUCUGACAGCCAACAGAAACAAAACCUGUUAUAUUGAGAGGUAAAGAGUAAAGUGCAACUGUGACAAGGUUAUUGCUAGAGUUCAAACAUGUGUUCCAGAAAUGUAUAUCCUGUACCAAACAGUACAUAUAUAAAUACAGUAUAUAAUAUAUAUUCCCAAAAUAUAAACUCACAGUUUGCACGUGGCUCUUUUUCUUUUGUUUUGUUAUUAAGUAGGAUCUGAGUCUGUAGAGUUGUUCCGUGCUGUGCUGUGUGGCAGUGUGUGGUCUAGUGUAUGCAGAAACAGACUCCUCUUGUCCAUUACAGAUGAGUGCAGUGUGGGGCCGCCAUGAUCUCCCCUUAUGUGUUUCUGUUGUGGUUUUCUCUGGCCAUACCAUCCCUCUAUGUUGUGUUUGCAUUGUUGUUACUGAUCUUGUUAUUAUUGAUGUGUAGGUUGUUUUUUGAGGACUGUGGGCAUAAUACUUAUUGGACUAUUAAUUCCCCUUUGCCUACUGUACUCCAUGUAAACCAAAUAAAUGUGCUUUUUGUUCUUAAGAAAACAGGUAUAUAAUUGAUUUACGAUUUAAUAAAUAUUUAUACGUCAUUGUAUUAGAUUCAAAUGUAUGCCCACUCCGUUCUGUUGGUGGCAUCCCUUGAAAAUCCCCCACCUUCACACACACACACACACACACACACACACAAACCAAAAGUAGAAAAAUACAUGUGGUAUACAUGCACACAUCCCAUCACACAAUAGGCUAGUUAGUUUGUGGGUGUUGCUAUCUUUUUGUACCUCGCCUCAUGCUGUUCCAUUAUUUAUGUCUGACAGUAGCAUCCCUGACUUGAUCUGCAGCUCAUGUGUUAUUGAAUUCAUUUUUAUGUAAACAUAGAAAACAGAGCCUUUAAUCUCCUAGACACAUGGGGUAAAGCACACAGACAUGCUCACAACCGUGCAGACAGAACAGCGACUUGAAAAUGAAAUGACACGACCACACAUUUUACUCACGACACUCAAAACAAGUUAGUCCUUUUUUUCUGAAUGAAGUGUAAGUACAGUAUGUUUAAAAAUCCUGUGUUAAUUUCACACAUUGUCAUGUCAAACCUGUAGGUGCCUUUAGAGAAUCCCUGUUUACGCUUUUAAAGUUGUCAUUGAAUGCUAUCAGAUCAUCAACAAAGUCAUAUUUUGAAGGUAAAAUUACAUCUCCUGUUUAAUGUUGUAUAGUCUACAUAUUGUGAUAUUUGUUCUGACAUACAGUAAUACAAUAUAUCUUUGAUAUGUUAUUAUACAAAGAAAUAAAGAUGGCUAUUUUAUUGUUA